ACAAUGGCCAGAGAGAGAGAGAUCCUGUCCUAUCUGCUAGCCUCCUGGCGUUCCAGCUUAUGUGUACAAUCAAUAAAUUAAUAAUCAUAUCUUGUUUUGUACAGUGCUAAUAAUUUUUCCAAAUGAAGAAUGAUCUGUAUAAAUUAUAAAUGAUGGAAGGAAUCUGAGAACAGAAAUGUUUUAUACAAUACCUUGUCAUUUGUGAUUGUCUAACCUAUAACGACGGUUUUAUUUGUUUGAUACUGCUCGAUAUACAUAAUCGGAUUCCGUCUGCAAGAAUGUUUUUAAUAUAAUAGGCCUAUAUUAAAUCCUAUGAAUCUGAGAUUUAUUCUUGCACGCCUUGAGCGGAAGACGUCUCGAAAACAAUGCAACGUACAACACGCGGGAAAAUGCUGCGCGCUAAAGGAUCACCGCAAAAGACGACAAGUUGUCAUUCAUCGAUAAACACAUGGGUGUUUCUUAUGAAAGGAGAUAGUUUGGACAGCUCAAAUGUGGCUCAGUCAGAGAUUGUGAAACUUAGACAUCCGGCCUCUAAUAAGCCAACUAUAUUUAUAUUUAGUUCUGGUAAUCUCACAGUGCAGGAAGUUUUAAUCUUUGAUGAAACUAAAAGGUCUUGGUUCAUUGAUAAUAAUGUCAAAUCUGAUGGCAAGUUGUACUUGUCAACUCCAAUUGAUCCAAUCUUUUUAGUUUUGCCGUACCUAAGAAAGUCACAACUGGCACAACCUUUAGAACAAUGUCUGUGGGAUGAAGAUUUUCCAGAAACAUAUCGCCUUGCACAAUGCGAGAAUUUGAAACUAUGGUUAGUUGCUGAUUGUAAAGGAGAUAAAUUAUUACAAGCUUUCAAAUUUAAUGAAGACAAAUCAUUAAAAUGGUUGCAAGAAAAAGUAGAAAAAGUGGCACACUUAUUAAAGCAAAAAAGAGUUCAUGUAUCUCAAGGUGCUAUGAGUGCUAAUUAUGUCAAGAGUACUAAAUAUGAAAUUGAUACAGAAACAGAAUAUUUGAAAUAUGCGCAUGGUAUUAUAUCCGAAUAUCUUGCUGAAGAUCUUUCACAGAGAUUGGCACAAUAUUUGAAUAUAUCUGAUGAAAUAGAAAGUAAAAAACGCAAACUAGAUAGUCCUAAAAAUAUAACUAAUGAGAAAAAACUUAAAAGAGAAGAAGAAAGCCCUUCCUUUGAAGAAAGCCCACUGAAAACAAAGACAAAGAACUUAUUAAAUAAAACUGAAAAGGUACAAAAAAACAUUGCUCCUGGUAAAAAGGAAUUAGCUAGACAAAAAGCAGCUGCAGGAUCUAAAAGCAUUACUAGCUUUUUUAAAAAAAAAUAGAUCUCACAAAGAUAUAUACAUUGCAAUGAUUUUAUAAAUUAUGCACUGCAAAUUAUAAACGCAUUUUUUAAUAUAUCUAUAUGUUUUUAUAAAUUUUACUAUUUUGUAUAAAAAUGUGUUUAAAAUAAUAUCGAAGUUGAAAAUUG